AUGUCAGUAACAUCACAAAUGGACCUUCCUGAAGAAAUUCAGCAUCCGUAUACAAAAUUUUCUGAAUGGAAAUUCAAGCUGUUUAAAGUGAGAUCAUUUGAAAAAAGACUUUCUGAUGACAGCCAGCACAUAAACAAAGAUCAGGCAGAAGAGGUCACUUCUUCAAGCAAAGAAAUCAUACUGCAUAAAGAUGAAGCGGUGCCAAGAGGAGAAAAGAUGGACUUAAUGGGCAAUAGGCAGGCACUUGAGAAAGAUGCCAACGACAUGCAAACAGAAGACAAUAAAGCUCAUCAGAACAAUCUGAAGCAACUUUGCCGCAUCUGUGGAGUUUCAUUUAAAACUGAUUGUUACAAGAGAACUCAUCCAGUGCAUGGGCCAGUGGAUGAUGAAACUCUGUGGCUUCUGAGAAAGAAAGAGAAAAAAGCAACCUCUUGGCCAGAUCUUAUCGCUAAGGUUUUUAAGAUUGAUGUGCGAGGGGAUGUUGAUACGAUCCAUCCCACUCAAUUUUGUCACAACUGUUGGAGCAUUAUCCAUAGAAAAUUCAGUAAUACUCCAUGUGAAGUAUAUUUUCCUAGAAACAGCACGAUGGAGUGGCAACCCCACUCCCCAAACUGUGCUGUGUGCCACACUACCAGGCGGGGAGUCAAGAGAAAAAGCCAGCCACCCAGUGUACAACACGGCAAACGUGUGAAGACCAUUGCAGAACGUGCUCGAAUAAACAGAGGUGUAAAGAACCAAGCACAGAUAAACAACAAAAAUUUAAUGAAAGAGAUUGUCAAUUGCAAGAAUAUACAUCUCAGCACCAAGCUGCUUGCAGUUGAUUACCCAGUAGAUUUCAUUAAAUCCAUCUCUUGCCAGAUCUGUGAGCAUAUUUUGGCCGAUCCAGUGGAAACAACAUGUAGACACUUGUUUUGCAGAACUUGCAUCCUUAAAUGUAUCAAGGUUAUGGGCAGCUAUUGCCCCUCCUGCUGGUAUCCUUGUUUCCCUACUGAUCUGGUAACCCCAGUGAAAUCCUUCCUGAACAUCCUUGAUAGCCUGGGUAUAAGAUGCCCUGUAAAGGAAUGUGAUGAAGAGAUCUUGCAUGGAAAAUAUGGCCAACACCUCUCCAGCCACAAGGAGAUGAAAGAGAGCGAGCCCUACAACCAUGUAAAUAAAGGUGGCCGACCGAGGCAGCAUCUCCUGUCUUUGACCAGGAGAGCUCAGAAACAUCGUCUGAGAGAACUGAAACGUCAAGUGAAGGCUUUUGCUGAGAAAGAAGAGGGUGGCGAUAUAAAGGCUGUAUGCAUGACUUUGUUCCUGCUAGCGUUAAGAGCAAAAAAUGAACACAGACAAGCAGAUGAACUGGAGGCUAUAAUGCAAGGGAGAGGAUCUGGACUUCACCCUGCUGUCUGCCUGGCCAUCCGAGUCAACACGUUUCUCAGCUGUAGCCAAUAUCAUAAAAUGUAUAGAACAGUAAAAGCUGUCACUGGAAGGCAGAUCUUCCAGCCUUUGCACGCUCUUCGCACUGCUGAGAAAGCCCUCCUACCAGGUUAUCAUCCAUUUGAGUGGAAACCUCCCUUGAAAAAUGUCUCCACUAACACAGAAGUGGGAAUUAUAGAUGGACUAUCAGGAUUGCCACUCUCAAUUGAUGACUAUCCAGUAGACACCAUUGCAAAGAGAUUUCGAUAUGAUGCAGCCUUGGUUUGUGCCUUAAAGGACAUGGAGGAGGAGAUCUUGGAAGGCAUGAAAGCAAAAAACCUGGAUGACUAUUUGAACGGUCCCUUCACUGUGGUAAUAAAAGAGUCCUGUGAUGGAAUGGGAGAUGUCAGCGAGAAGCAUGGAAAUGGACCUGCUGUCCCAGAGAAGGCUGUUCGCUUUUCUUUCACAGUCAUGAACAUUGCUAUAGCACAUGGGAAUGAAAGCAAAAGGAUCUUUGAAGAAGUAAAGCCCAAUUCAGAGUUGUGUUGCAAGCCCUUGUGCCUUAUGCUGGCUGAUGAAUCCGAUCAUGAAACUCUGACAGCAAUCCUGAGCCCCCUCAUAGCGGAAAGAGAGGCUAUGAAAAACAGUGAACUGCUACUUGAAAUGGGAGGCAUCCUGAGAACAUUCAAAUUCAUCUUUAGGGGUACAGGAUACGAUGAGAAACUUGUGCGGGAAGUGGAAGGGCUGGAGGCCUCAGGUUCCACUUACAUUUGUACCCUGUGUGACGCAACCCGCCUGGAGGCAUCCCAGAAUUUGGUCCUCCACUCCAUAACCAGGAGCCAUGCUGAAAAUCUGGAGCGGUAUGAAAUAUGGAGGUCCAACCCAUAUCACGAAUCUGUUGAUGAGCUCCGUGACAGAGUGAAGGGUGUUUCAGCCAAACCUUUUAUUGAGACUGUUCCGUCCAUAGAUGCGUUGCACUGUGACAUUGGCAACGCAACAGAAUUCUACAGGAUCUUCCAGAUGGAGAUCGGUGAAGUUUACAAGAAUCCUGAUGUGUCUAAAGAGGAGAGGAAGAGGUGGCAGUUGAUUCUGGACAAACAUCUCAGGAAGAAGAUGAAGUUGAAGCCUAUGAUGAGGAUGAGCGGAAAUUUUGCUAGAAAGCUCAUGUCCAAAGAGACAGUAGAGGCAGUAUGUGAGUUAAUAAAGUGUGAGGAAAGGCAUGAAGCCCUGAAAGAACUAAUGGACCUUUAUCUGAAGAUGAAGCCAGUGUGGCGAUCCUCGUGCCCUGGCAAGGAGUGUCCAGAAUUGCUAUGCCAGUAUAGCUACAAUUCACAGCGUUUUGCUGAGCUCCUAUCGACAAAGUUCAAGUACAGAUAUGAAGGCAAGAUUACAAACUAUUUCCACAAAACCCUUGCUCAUGUUCCUGAAAUCAUUGAAAGAGAUGGUUCCAUUGGGGCCUGGGCAAGUGAAGGAAAUGAGUCUGGAAACAAACUGUUUAGGAGGUUCCGAAAAAUGAAUGCCAGGCAGUCCAAAUGCUAUGAGAUGGAGGAUGUCUUGAAGCAUCACUGGCUAUAUACCUCUAAGUACCUCCAGAAGUUCAUGAAUGCUCAUAAAACAUUAAAAAGCCAGGGCUUCACCAUUGAUCCAGAGGAUAGUUUAGGUGACUCCUUGCCACUGGAGGUCUUGGAAAGCAAUGAUUCAGCGGAAUUCUAAAUGUAAAGCACAUUUGGUGUUGGAUUUGUGACGGGGUCUUCCUGCAAGAAGGCAGGUUCUUUUUCAGGCCUGUAGAGGUACAGGGAAGUCUGAAACAAUCAUUUUUACACUCGCUGUUAAAGGUGCUGAGUGGAGUUUAAUAAACACCACGUCUGUUGGGAGUUUCCAAGAGGCAAUGCAGUGGUGCAUUUACCAGUUGUUAUGUGAGAUGAAAGCAGAAACAAAUUGCCAAGAAGGGUCUUCGGUUUGUUUUGGUCUUAGAGUGUUGUUUACAGGUGAGAAAGCAAAAGUAAACAAGGUUUUAUUUAAAGUAGCAUUUUGGAAUGAAUAUGAUUCUGGAGAGUGAUGACAGUUGCUGAAAAAGGGAGUGUGGCUAUUUGUUCUGCUUGUAUUUUUAAAACUAUUUUUUAUUUACUUCUUAAGGGGGUUUGAUUGUUUUAUUGA